CUUGCAGUUUCUAACAAAAAAAUCAGUACCCAUAUCAUAAUUAAGUCAUUAACUGCCUGCCACCAAGGGAAAAAAAUUGCACAAAUUUCGCCCCUCCACUUUGAUGGCUUCGCCAAAUUCGAAUUUGCAGUCACAACGAAAACGCAAACCCAAACCCACCUCAAAUAAACCCAUGACAAUUCGAAAACACCACCUUUGCGCUACGCCCAUUAAAUCAGUCAACAAAUUUCAGUACCAAAUCAAAUAUUCCAAACCCAUCAUGUCAAUAUUUACACUUCCAACUUUCUUGGAACCAACCGCACGCCAAUACAACACUUCUAAAUCCAUAACAAAAAUACUCACCAAAGCACAAAUUCGAUAGAGGAAGAAGGAAAUGCGCGCACUCAACACUCAGCGCAAUUUAGCCACAGCCAUUGCUAAAUCCGAAAACAUUGCGAAUUUUAUUUCAUGUUUAAAUAUUCACACGCAACACAACUCAACUCACCAUCAGGAUAACGCCGACCCCAAACAUCUCUCUCUCUCUCCUCCCGUAGUUUCUCUCUCUAAAAACAAAACUCAAUAAUCAAAAUAAUAAAUAAAUUUCAGUUAAUUUCUUUUUACUUUUAUUAUAUGAAAAUUGUUGCAUCAAAAUUUAUAUUUCUUCUGUUGUUUCUUUAUUAUAUUAUUUGUUUUAAAGCUGUUAGAUUGAGAGGCUUGUCGACUCCACGAAACAGAUCUCUCUGAUUCUUUGAAAUUCUGUAAAUUUCUCCUCUAAAUUUCGCUUUCAAUUCAGCUAUCGAGUUGUUUGUUUUUGAGAUUGAGUGUUAAAGAUUGUGGCUGCGACGUCGUUUUUUGGAUUUCUCUAUUGCAGUUGGAGACUAAACCAAUUGGAAUUUAGGGUUUACGUUGUGAAUCCUGGGAAUUGGGGUUUUGAGCGUUUGGACUUGGGAGACUUGGAAGAAGAGGUGCCGUUUUGGUUUCUGGUUGAUGUGGUAAUUGGUCUGAUUGUUUUGUUUCGAGAAUGAUAAUCAAGCGAAACUUGAAAUCUCAAAUGCCGAGUUUGAAACGGUGUAAACUCGCCGUCGCGGCUAAAGAGGACGAUGAGAACUCAGCGAAACGGAAGAAAAGGAAGACUGAUUGUUACUAUCCGUUUAAUCUACUUGGUGAGGUGGCUACCGGUGUACUUCCGGUUACUUUUCACGGAAUUCUAAAUGGUGCUCUGGCCGAGAAGGGAUUUGCUGCGUCUUGGUGCACUGAAGUAUCGUGUUCUCCGGAUGAGGUGGUGUCGAAGUCGAAGGUUUCAGAGUCCAGGAAAUUGAAGAAGCGGACAGUGCAGGUUUCACGGCCGCCGUUGGUGAGGACGUCACGUGGACGAGUUCAGGUACUUCCUUCACGGUUUAAUGAUUCGGUUAUUGAGAAUUGGAAGAAGGAGAGUAAAUCUAGUUUACGUGGUAAUGGUUUUAAUGAUGAAGUUGAAUGUAAAAAGGAGAAAUUCAGUUUUAAAACACCUAAGAGUUAUAAUCAGAAUGCGAAGAGUAGAUUGAAAGAAGAUAAAGAUGGCUGUAAGAGUCUUAGAUAUGGUACAUUGUGUGAAGAAGAGGAGAAAGAUGAAGUUGGGUUUAGUAAGAGUUUUGAUAUUAGGAAGCACUCGAGUUCUCGAAGUUCCUUGACAUCAUUACAUGAGCAACAGUUGGUUGAUGUUGAUAAAGACAAGUGCCAACUUGAGGAAAUCGUUGAUUUAAUGAGUGAGGAGGGUUUUUUGAAUGGUGAGAGAAAAGAUGAUGGGUUAUAUGGGCCAGAGGACUUUUAUUCAUGUGAUAUAGUGUGGGCAAAGUCAGGGAAGAAUGACCCGUAUUGGCCAGCUAUCGUAAUUGAUCCAAUGACUCAAGCACCGGAGCUGGUUUUGAGGUCUUGCAUACCCGAUGCAGCUUGUGUGAUGUUUUUUAGGCAUGCUGGGAAUGAAUAUCAAAGGGAUUAUGCCUGGAUCGAACGAGGAAUGAUAUUUCCGUUUGUAGACUUCAUGGACAGGUUCCAAGAGCAGUCUGAAUUGAUUGACUGCAACCCAAGUGACUUCCAGUUGGCACUUGAGGAGGCUGUUUUGGCAGAUCAGGGAUUUAUAGAGAAGUUGAUGCAUGACAUAAACAUGGCAGCUGGGAACCCUACUUAUGAUGAAUCCGCUCUUAGAUGGGUUCAAGAGGCGACUGGCUCAAAUCAGGAUCUGGACUAUCCCUUUUCAAACCAGGGAGUUUUUGGAAAGAGUAAAGAUACAAGACCUUGUGAUGGCUGUGGCAUGAGCCUUCCUUUUAAAUCAAAUAAGAAAAUGAAGGCUUCAACUAUUAGGGGCCAAUUUUUAUGUAAAACAUGUGCUAAGGUGCGCUGUGAUGGUUGUAAAGUUUGGGUGCAUGCAGCAUGCGACAAAAUUUCUGGCAGCCGUUUUAAGGAUCUGGUGGGGACUGAGUACUACUGCCCAGCUUGCAAAGCAAAAUUCAACUUUGAAUUAUCAGAUUCUGAAAAAUGGGAGUCAAAACUCAAAUGCAACAAAAACAAUGAUCAGUUGCCACUACCCAAUAAAGUUACUGUUCUCUGUUCAGGUGUGGAAGGCAUAUAUUAUCCAAGUCUUCACUCAGUUGUAUGCAAAUGUGGGUCUUGUGGAACAGGAAAACUAGCUCUCAGUGAAUGGGAACGGCAUACAGGUUCCAAAUUGCGAAAUUGGCGGAUUAGCAUUAGGGUGAAAGGUUCUAUGCUACCACUAGAACAAUGGAUGUUGAAGUUGGCAGAGUUCCAUGAAAAUGCUCUGGUUUCAGCCAAACCUCAUAAGCGACCCUCAAUAAAAGAACGGAAGCAGAAGUUGCUGGCUUUUCUGCGAGAAAAAUAUGAACCUGUUUAUGCGAAAUGGACAACAGAACGCUGCGCUGUAUGCAGAUGGGUUGAAGAUUGGGACUACAACAAAAUCAUUAUCUGCAACAGAUGUCAAAUAGCAGUACAUCAAGAAUGCUAUGGGGCAAGAAAUGUUCGGGAUUUCACUUCAUGGGUUUGCAAAGCCUGUGAAACACCUGAUAUUAAGCGGGAGUGUUGUCUUUGUCCUGUAAAAGGUGGUGCUUUAAAGCCGACUGAUGUUGAUACAUUGUGGGUUCAUGUGACAUGCGCAUGGUUCCAACCUGAAGUCUCAUUUGCAAGUGAUGAGAAGAUGGAGCCUGCUCUGGGGAUCUUGAGUAUUCCUUCAAAUUCUUUUGUAAAGAUUUGUGUUAUAUGUAAGCAAAUUCAUGGCUCAUGCACACAAUGUUGCAAGUGUUCCACUUAUUAUCAUGCUAUGUGUGCAUCAAGGGCUGGGUACCGGAUGGAGUUACACUCAUUGGAGAAAAAUGGAAGACAGAUCACAAAAAUGGUGUCUUAUUGCGCUUACCACAGGGCUCCAAAUCCAGAUACCGUUUUAAUUAUACAAACUCCUAUAGGCAUCUUCUCUGCCAAAAACCUUGUUAAAAAUAAGAAGGGUGGUUCAAGGCUUAUUUCAUCCAACAGAGUAAACCUUGAAGAGGCUUCUCCCGUGGAACUUACUGAGAUUGAGCCAUUCUCCGCUGCAAGGUGCCGAGUAUUUAAAAGAUCAAAUAAUAACAAGAAGAGAGCAGAAGAAGAAGCCACGGCCCACCAAGUGAUGGGACCUUGCCAUCAUCCUUUAAGCACAAUACAAAGUUUGAACACAUUCAGAGUGGUAGAGGAGCCUACGAAUUUUUCCUCUUUUUGUGAACGCCUUUACCACUUACAGAGAACCGAAAAUGACCGGGUUUGCUUUGGUAGAUCUGGGAUACAUGGCUGGGGUCUCUUUGCUCGUAGAAAUAUUCAAGAAGGAGAAAUGGUUCUUGAGUAUCGUGGUGAACAGGUGAGGCGCAGUAUUGCGGAUUUGAGAGAGGUCCACUACAGAUUAGAAGGAAAAGACUGCUAUCUAUUCAAGAUCAGUGAAGAUGUAGUUGUUGAUGCGACAGAUAAAGGGAACAUCGCUCGUUUAAUCAAUCAUUCGUGUAUGCCCAAUUGCUAUGCGAGGAUAAUGAGUGUUGGUGAUGAUGAGAGUCGGAUCGUCCUCAUUGCAAAGACUAACGUAUCUGCUGGUGACGAGCUAACAUAUGACUACUUAUUUGAUCCUGAUGAGCCUGAUGAAUCAAAAGUCCCGUGUUUAUGUAAAGCGCCAAACUGUCGGAAAUUCAUGAAUUAGGAUACAUUACGUACACACACAGCAAAGUCAUUGUUUCUCCACAAGGAGCACUAACCCAAAACCCAUGGGAUCUCACAGUCCUUAUACUGAAAUUGUAAUUUUUGUUAGAAAGGAAAGUCAUUUUUUUUUCUUUUUCGUUUAGAUUUGGUGUAGGUUUUGAACACUUUUCAUGCUUAAUAAAAGCAAUAGAUUUGUGGGC